AUGGCGAUCUUUGUAGACGUAAAGGAAAGAGUUGCUAAGAAAUUGUCUGGUUGGAAAGAAAAAUUGCUUUCUAUGGGUGGAAGAGAAGUUCUCAUAAAGGCAGUAGCUCAAGCCAUACCAACUUACACCAUGAGUUGUUUCUUACUUCCUAAGAGUCUUUGUGAUGAUAUUGAAGGAAUGAUGAGAAGGUUUUGGUGGGAGCAAAGAGAUCAAGAAUCAAAAAUAACAUGGGUUAGUUGGCAGAAGCUAUGCAAGUCUAAGCUAGAAGGAGGCAUGAGUUUUAGGAACCUUCAAGCAUUCAACCUUGCUAUGCUAGCAAAGCAAGGUUGGAGGCUGCUCUCUAAUCCUCAGUCUCUAAUUGCUCGAAUUUACAAAGCAAGAUACUACCCUCAUGGUCAUGUGCUCAAUUCAAAGCUUGGAUGCAACCCAUCGUAUUCUUGGCAUAGCAUUUUUCAAGCCUUGGAAGUAAUAAGAAAAGGCACCCGAUGGAGAGUGGGAAAUGGGCGACUAAUCCACAUAUGGGAAGACAAAUGGCUUCCCACCCCCUCAACCUACAAGGUAUGGUGUUCUGCUAACACAAUCAAAUCAGACUACAGAGAAGCUGAUGCUUUAUGUAGUCAGUCCCAAAGUUAUGAAGCAAGCAGAUGGAAAGCUCCUCCCACUGGUGUAUACAAAGUUAAUGUGGAUGUAGCUGCAACAAGUGAUGGUCGAUCCUUAGGGGUAGGAGUAGUGAUAAGAAACAACAAGGGAGAGUCUAUAGCAGCACUUUGUAAGCCCCUUUCAAGGCAAUUUUCAAGUUUGGAAACAAAAGUCCUUGCUCUUGAACAUGGAAUUCUUCUUGCAUAG